GCACCAUUAGGGAACCCUGUUCAGAGCGCCACUGAAAAGCUCUGACCAGCUCUGACCGCAACUCCGCCGCAGAGCCCUCGCCACCGGCGCGCCUCGAGCAUUGCUCUGCGCACAAUUCUGGCGGCAGCGACCUAAACCACAGUUCACAGGAGAGACUUGGAGCGCAACACGCCCACGAAACCCAGACCCCCAGUUCUAUUGCAAAGUCUUGGAGCGUCGCUUCGAUAAAAAAAACACUUCAAGCUCCGCCGCAGAGCCCGGAGCGAUACAGUACGCGCUCCCACGAAACCCUUUGCCACGGAGCUGGGGCGCUGCUCUAUGAUAGUCACACUGCACCAAAGAAUCCACUCUGGAAUUCCUCAGCACUGCUCUGCGUAUUUCAAAAUCAUUCGACACUCGUCCGCCACAAACCACAUUUCCGGCACUGGGACACCACUCGACGGAACGCCUGAUCGCAGGUUCAGUGCGAAUCUGAGUCGUUUCAUUUCUGACCAGGUACAGUAUUAGCGAAGUCGUUCGCUCCAGGAUAAAGCUCAGACAGCACUGCGGACCACCGGAGCUCCAGCACAGCAUGGAAACAAGCAGGAAACAUCACUUCACCCCAGCACUCCAUGUACUGGCCUUCCUUCUCAAUAUCCUUCAGGGGGUCGGUGCGGAACAGGAGACCGAGAAUCUUUCGGGUCUUUCCACUGAUCCCUAUAAAGAUAUUUUUGUGGUUCGGGAAAAUGGAACAACGUGUCUGAUGGCGGAGUUUGCAGCAAAAUUUAUUGUCGCCUACGAUGCACGGGCCAGUAACUAUGUAGAUCUCAUUACAGAAAAAGCUGACAUUUCAAUUCCACGAAGUGCAGAAGUUAGAGGAAGAUGUGGGAGCAACGAAUCUGAACUGCAGAUUUCCUGGGCCGACGGCACAUACAGUUUUAAACUCUACUUUGUGCAGGAGACCCGCAAUAUAUCCACAAGGCAAGAACACUUCUGGAAAGUCAAUAAGAUUCAGUUCGUUUAUGAUUUAUCUGAAUCCAGCCACUUUAAAGAUGCAGCCAACCUUGGGAAGCACACAGCCACUUCACGCCACCUUUCUCUGUUCGUGACUCCGCUUGGUAAAUCGUACAAGUGCGAGGCCCAGGAAACAAUUUCCCUCAUCUCCAGUGAUCACCAGAAAGUCGUUGCCGUUCUCCUAUCUCAAAUUCAUAUCCAGCCUUUCGGCCUCAAGCGGGACUUCAUAUUCAGCGAAGCCUCUGCCUGUGUAGUGGACCAACAGGAACAGUUAGAGGAGACUCUCCCCCUUAUACUGGGGCUGACACUGGGCCUCGUCAUCGUGGUGAUUCUGUCGGUUUAUCAUAUUCACCAUAAACUUACGGCUACCAGCCAAAUUCAAAUACCCAGAGACAGAUCCGAGUACAAACACAUGUAAAGAGGUCCGAUCGAGUUGGACCGAACCUCCCAGCGAACAGCACGGCAGCUGCUGCACAGUAACGUUAAGCAACAGAGAAUUAUUUCAGAGAAUACUUUUUCAAACUUCCGGGGAACGCGAACAUGCAAAUAAACGCGCGGCAUCUUACUGUAUAUACUCAGGCGCGCUUCUUUAAAUAGUGAUGAGCACAAUAUCUGCUUCAAAACCAGAAUCCCCAGCAAUCACAUCACAGUACAAACAAAUGCAAAAUAUCAACUAAACCAUUAAAAGUAACGCAAGAUUAGUAAUCUAAUUUGAGUGUAAGUAGUAUUAGUUAGUGUAAGGAACUCUCAUUGCUCCAAUUGUUUAGAAACAGACUCAUUCAGUCACACGCUAUUUGCUAAAACAACGUAGAUGGCCCAAGCAUUCCUACAUCGAAUCAUAAUGUAAUAUUUUGGUACUUGCAUAUCUUCUCAUUAUUCUUUCAGACAAAACCAUAAGAGAGAAAAAAACUAGUUGUUCAGUUUUAUUAUCUUGAACGCAAGUCUGCUCUUGAAAUAAACUAAAACCGGUUUAUUUAACUUUGAUAAACACGGCUUCUUGGAUUCACAGAGUAAUUUUGCUUUUUCCAAUUUGGGAAGCAGUUUGCUCGAGCUUUAAGCUUUGACGAAUAUCUACAUUUAUUCCAAGCAUACGUGAAAUAUUGUUGAGGACCAAAUGACUAGGACAUCAUUGCGCUACAGAAUGACUUGCGCGGCCAGGUUUCCCUUAAGUGUACGUUAGUUGAAGGGACAUAAGAUUUUAUUUUGUGUUCAUGUAUCUAUGGGAAUUAUGCAGAACAGAUCCCCAGUGUGAGCCUUGAAUCUACAAAAUGUUAAAACUCUCCUUAAUUUGGAUUCUGUUUAACUGCAACAACUGCGAGAAACAGUUCGACUUCCCUGCCUGAUUUAGUAUUUUCCUCCAUCUCAGUAUCAAAAUUGCGGAUGUUUGUGUUCUACCAACUUUUUCUUACGUUUCAGUAAAACUAGGACUUAGAGAGCAGCAAUCCUUGAAGCUUGUUCCAACUUUCAAUUAAGAUCAGAAAUUGUUCUCAGUGACUUUCCUAUUAGAUGCCCUAACUAUCUGCAGACCAAAAUGCAUCUAUUUCAGCCUUGAGUAUAUUAAAGGUCUCGGGCUCAAACUUUCUACAGCGGAGAUUUCUAAGAUUCACAAUCCGUGUGUGAAAUACCCCCCCCCCCAUCACUCUUUUAAGUGAACAAUUGCUAAGUGGUUUAUCAUUGACACAUACUGACAUACAAUGAAAAGCUUGAUUUACCAUCCAAACAGAUCAUUCAUUCCAAACAUAAGUAUAUCAGGUUAGCACAAAAGGAGAAGCAGUAACAGAAUACAGAAUAGAAAGUUACAAUUACAGAAUAAGUGCAGUGCAGGUAGACAAAUAAGAUGCAAGGCCCAUGACAAGGUAGAUUCAGAGAUCAGUAGUUCAUUUUCAAUGAACAAAAUAUCUAUUCGGAAGUCUCAUAACAAUAGAUAGAAACUAUCCUUAAUCCUUCAUUCUGAAACAAUGUCUUCUAGUUUUGGAUUCCUCCAUGUGGGAAGGUGGAUUCUCAGAAUCAUACAUUUCAAUAAAAUUUCCUCCCAUUCUUACCCAGUUUAGUGAGAAUGAUCUUGCAUUACUCAUCAUUUCCUCAUAAAUCAAUUCUUUCAUCCCAGACAUCAACCCAGUGAACCUUCUUUGAACCACCUCUGAACAAGUAUAUCCCUGCUUAAAUUUUUUUUUUUAAAAAGGUAUUUGAUUCUGAAGAACAUUUUUGAUUCUAUCAAUAGUAUGAGGGAAUAUUUGAAAUUCAGUAAGUCUACCCUGCAAAAGGGAUAUAUUUGUUAUCAUCAAGUGGAGGGCUUGAGGGGCUGAGUAAUAAAUAUUAAAAUAUUAUUCCAAAUACACUUAUUUAAGAUAAUAUUUCUCUAGCAACACUCAUGGUAUAAUCCAUUUAACAACAGGGCAAGUGCAAAAUUUUGGUAGGAAAUUACCCCAAAACUUUGAGUUAAAUCUAAUAUAGCAAUGCAUGCACUCAGUAUUGUGAUUCUGCCCUUUGAUUUUUAUGAUGAGAUUAAAUUUUCAAAUAAGAUGGCAUUUGAUAGUGAAAUUCUUGUUUAAUUUUCUGAUUGUUUUCUGGCAUUCUCUCACUGCAGUUGGGCCAGUUUACCACAGUUGAACAGUUUGUGCAGUUCUUCCUUUACAAUGCUUCUGCUUGUAUUAUUUUUGUUUGUUAGUGCUGAUUAUUACCUCUUAGCUAUAUACCUGUUAUUUCCUAUAAUAUUGCAUUAAUUAAUCCACACUUGUAAAUGAAAGUUAAAACACUUUUCAAUACAAUUAGAAUGAAAUGUUUGUGAAUAAAACAUACAAAAAAAUCUUCUGACCUUCGGGAGCAUCAGGAAACAAAAAUUCAAAUGUAUCAGUUUCUUUAUAAUUUUGUUACAUAAUUAACAAAAGGCCGAGAUAGAGCGGGCAUGAAGUGGAUGCUUCCUAUAGUGGGUGAGUCUAUGAGUGGAGGUAUCAUUCUCAGAACAGAAGCAAGUCCCUUUAGAACAGAGAUGAGAAAGAACCUCUUUUGCCAGAGAAUUGAGAACCUAUAGAGUUCAUUACCAGAUGACUGCGGAGGCCAAGUCAUUGGGUAAAUUUAAUGCAGAGAUUGAUAGGUUCUUGAUUAGUAAGGGUGUCAAGCAUUACGGGGAGAAGGCAGGAGAAUGGGUUUAAGAGAUUUAAUAAAUCAGCCACAAUGGAAUGGUGGAAGUUACUCAAUGGGCUAAAUGGCCAAUUCUGCUCUUAUGUAUUAUGGUCUUAUGGAUUAAAGUAACGAGCUAGACAGUUACAAACUUGAUGGCUAAGAAGAUUGAAAGACUUUGAGUUCUAUAUUGCUUUAUUGCUACAUCAGGAGGAAUCUAUGCCACAGAUUUAUUCAUAUAGAUAGAUUUGCACUUUUAUACCCAACUUGUAAUGAACACAAUUGAGGAAUACAAUUUUGAGAUUUUAACCUCUUUUAAAAAAACAUGGCUGCAGGUUGUGAAUUCACUCUUGGUAGUUGAAAAAUCCAGACUGAUAUUUUAGUUUAGUUUUGAGGGGGCGUUGAACAAUGAAACUAUAUUAUUAUUUCUCUCUCAGAUGGACAUAACAAUACUUUAAAGAGGAUAAGGGAGCCGCUCCUUAUUAUACUGGUCAAACUUUGUCCUUCAAUUAAGUUCAUAAAAUAGAUCUUCUUGUCAAUAUCAUAUUGCUUUCGAAAUGUAGGGUAGACCCGUUUGCUGCUCUUCCUACAUUGCAGCAUGAUAUGGAAAGAGAUUUGAAGCACUGUGGGGUCAUGGAAAGAAUUAUAUUAACCUAAGUUUUUUUUUCCUCCAUAAGUUAAAGUGUCAAAUGUACUUUAACUGUUGUUUUUAUUUCAAUCAUUGUCUUGCUGGUUGUGUUGCCUUUAUGUGAGAACCUGUCAUUUAGACUACAAUUAUCCGUCUUAACAGAUACCGUAUAUGUACAUAUAAGAUCAGUGAAAGUUAUUUUAAAUCUGAAAGCACAUAUUUAUAUUAUAAAUUGUGAUUUGAUACACAAGGAGAAAGAUCGUACUGUAUUAACAAAAGAACAUCAGUGUGGGUGAGCACAUUUGUCACAAUACUAAUGACUAAUACAUUAUUUUUGAAUAAUUAUUUUUAUUACUCAUUUCACUCAGUAAAAAGUCAAUAAUGUAUGGUGUAAUCAUUAACUGUGUGUGUGUGUGUGUGUGUGUGUGUGUGUGUGUGUGUGUGUGUGUGUGUGUAUAAUGGAUCACAGGAUGAUUCAGAAGAGAAUUGUCUCUAUCAAAUUUACAAUUAUGGUAUUUCAAAAUCUUCUUGGCAAUCAAUGAUAGAUCCUUCCUGGAGUAGAAUACUCUCACCAUAUGUUUUGCAGUUGAAGAAAAUAGUAUAUAUUUUUAUUACUAACCUGAGGCUUUGAAAUUCAUUGUUCAAUUCCCUUGAAUUUAAAAUCUAAGGAAUCCGUUAGACCACAACCAAAUGCAUCAAUUACCUCCUCUAGCAUCCCAAAGUGUAGCCCAUCAUUUCCAGGGAACCUGUUAGCCUUUAGUUCCAAUUUAAUUUCUAUAUUUUACUUACUGAUCUUAAUUAUUUCCUCUUAUUAUCCCAUUUGUUCUGUUAAA